AUGAUUGACGAUGCAUAUGUAUUUCUACACUUGGUACUGGACAUGUUGCUCAACUUUCGUAACAGACAAUGUAUCGGUUUUGUUAAGAACAACAUGGCAGACUCACCAGAAACGGAACAAAAACCUACCAUUAGCAACACGCAUAGAGUGUCAUUACCAACAGUCCUCUGUACUCCUGAAUCAACCGACGAUAAUUCCGAUAUAUCUAUCAAAGUGAAUUCUAUCAUUUCCUCGGAUUCGAAGAUGUCGCUUCCGUCCAAUUUGGGCACCCCAACUUCUCCGCUGAGACUAUCAUCUCCGUUGUCAUUACCGUCGUCACCAUGCGUGAAGAAUUCUCCUCAAUCGACGAACUCAUUACCGAAUCCGAACCCGAAACCAAUGACGUCAAGUACAGGGUCGAACAAGUCUGUGGUGAACACCGGCUCAGCCACCGAUCUUAUUCGGCACACAUUAUGA